GUGAUGGACACUAGUCUGCGUUUGUUGGUUUUACUGGUGACUACGAAGUUUGUGGUGAUGGCUUGGAUAAAGUUUCCAAUCGGUGCUAUGUACGAACGAAUCGAGCUGAUCGACGGAGCAGACUUUCUUGACAUCCGACACAUUCGCGUACGCAAGUUUAACCGCACGGUUGCCGUUCUAGAUGGAACCUUCGAUCUUUUGAGGCAACUGGACGAUAGAUAUGAGGUGUAUGUUAGGGCAGCGUAUAGCACCUUGGGCAACAACCAGUUUGUCCAAUACCCAAUGAGGUUGGCCUCGCAGAAAAUAUGUGAAUUUUUUCGUACAACCUGGGCGGCGUACGAGUCGUAUUACGAAGCUUGCUGCGACUUCCCGGCUCCCGACGAAUGUCCCAUCGUUCCGCAGACGUUCCACGUGAAGAACCAUGUUCUCGAUUCGGCGAUGCUUCCACCGUACGUGCCGCGAGGGCUCUGGCGGUUGAGUAUUUUCAUGAAGAACACCGGCAACGGAGACAUUUUAUUGCACAUUAAUGUGUACGGCAAGAUCGAAGCGACUGGUAUAUUUUGAGUAUGCCGAAGAGUUUAUUAUUCCUAUAUCUGUCCUAAAAUGUGUGCAAGUUGUCAAGCGAUUCCAUUUACUAUAUGACUUUGUAUGGGUUCUGUUGCAAAAAGUAUGCUCGGUGGCGUCACGUUACCUUUUCCGAAAAUACCUCUAUCUAAAACUGCUUUUUUUGCUGGUGAUUGGUUCCGUUACAUCCGCCCCCACCUAAUCAAGCGAAAAUCAUCCAGAAUCAAAGAUUACUUGUGGAAACUACGGAUAUCGUCAUCGAAGGGGAACGUGUAUGACGGAACUACUGUGCUUCAGAUAAAUGCUUACAUCAAA